AUGUCGUACCCUAGAUCGAAUAGUUAUCCCGGAGUAGGAGGCAGUAUUGGCGCUCCUCAACAGCAUCUGAUGAUCAAUGUUAGCACGGCACCAUCUCUGAGGAAUUCGCUGACUACCUCAUUAAGCGGGAUGAGUCCCGGCUCAACGGGACUGUCAUCUAAUAACAAAAGCACACAAACGGUCUUUAUACAUAAGUUAUACGAUAUGCUUAAUGAUCAGUCAUUGAGCCAUUUGAUAUGGUGGUUACCUCCCAAGAACGACUCAUUCUGCUUGUUGCCAGGUGAAGAGUUUAGUAAAGUUCUUGCACAAUAUUUCAAGCAUACCAAUAUUGCGUCUUUUAUAAGGCAAUUGAAUAUGUAUGGGUUUCAUAAGGUCAACGAUGCAUUUCAAAGUGAAGAUGUGGGAGAGAAGGAGAAGAAUGAGCUGAAGGCUGCCGGAGCAGCUGCUGCUGUCGCUGCCGCAAACGCUGGCACUAACCACUCGGGCUCUGCUGGGCCUGCCACAUCUGGCCCCGGCCCUUCUUCUUCUUCCGGGAAUGCUAGCCACAACCUUGGCAACGGUAUCAGUAGACCUUCGUCUAUCUCACAAUCUCCUUCACCUAAUCACUCCUCUACCCAAACGUCUCCCCCCGUGUGGGAAUUCCGCCACUCCACUAAUCAAUUCCGUAAAGGAGAUGUGGAACUGUUGAAAUUAAUUAAAAGGAGAUCCUCCAAGAAUAUCAAUUCGCACAAGGAAAUUGUCAAUCUCAAGCUGAUCCCUACCAGUAAGCCUGACGAUCAGUACUUGGACUACAUAGAACAGCAGAGGCAAAGCGGGCUUCAAUUCCAUCACCAACAGCAACAGCAUCAUAUGCAGCAGCAGCACCUUCCACAUCAGCAUCAGAUUCAUCUUGCACCUCAUCCCCAAUUUCCGCCACAUGCACAUGCUGGCCCAUUGACAGUAUUCUCGGGCCAGGCUCAACACCAGCAGGCACAACCACAAUCACAGCAUCAACAGCAGCAACAACAACAACAACAACAACAACACCACCACCAUCAACAGCGCCAACCUCAACAAGCCCAACAACAACAAGUGAAGCAGCCUCCACAUGCAAAUACUCAAGUAGAAUCAAAUUAUGCUCUAGUAGAGUUGACCAACUCACUCCAACAACUUCGUAACGACUACAUUUCCCUUCACUCCAAGUAUGAUUCCCUCUCCCAGGAGUUUAAAAAGAGCAAUAUAGAUAUGAUUCAUUUAAUUGAAUUUAUAGAGAAGAUCCCAAAGCUGCACAUCCAGCCACAGCAACAAGCGCCAGUUCAGCCUCUUCAACAAAUACAACAUCAGCAACAACAGCAACAACAGCAAGUUGCACAUGGGCUCCCUGAUAGAUCAAAAGUGAAAACUCCAGUGUCUCUAUUAGAGAGCGACGUGACUACAUCUCCACUAUCCAAAUCCAACUAUUCUUUUGAAUAUGAGCUUUCCAAAUUGAAACUGUCUCUCUUGCAAAGGUCUUAUGUUAAUAGUAGAAACAGUUCCUCGGCCAAUUCUCAAAAUCAAUCGAUAGUCCCACAACCAUACCCUCUUAACCCACAUUAUACAAUUCAUUCGCACCCUCACGAGGUGACCCUCAAUCACGUAAAGGAUUCCAAACACAAUGAGAGACACUUAUCGAUAUUGAUGGAUCCAUUGCAGGUGCCUACUCCCUCUAGACACAACUCCAAGACCAGUUUGUUAUUGCCCGAGCAACAGCAACAGCCACCAAGUAGCCAGCCGCCAUUCAGUCAACAACCGGGGACGGCUGGACUGCCACCAAUUGUCCAUCCUCAACCUACCACCACACCAUCACAACCAGCCCCAAACCCAGUUCAAGUUACAACUCCUCAGCAGCCAGCAGUAUCCUCGCAACCUCAUUCUGCUAGUCAACCUCAAUUCAAGCAAGAAACAGCCAACUCACCUCAAAUUAGAACUUACCAGCAAUACCCUUUCCCCACGAUGCAUAGAGACGAUCACCCACCGAAGUCGAGUUCAGUGGAACCAAGAACUCCAGACCAAUAUGUGAAAAUCUCAGACCAGCCACCUCGCUCCAUUCCGAUCCAUUCCGUCCCACUUUUGGGGAACCCUAUGGAUCACGGUUCUUCACUGAUAUUGGGCAUGAGACCAAUCACCAAUCAACUACCAUCCGUUUCUGAGUUGGAUCAAAGCAUCAAGAAUGGGAAUUCGCCUGUUUACAGCUUAUUGAAUUCGGUGGAUAGACCAAUAGUAAGAAAGGCCAGAAGUGAUGAAGAUGAACUGAGGUUAAAAAGAAGGCGUGCUUAA